CUCUGCCUGCCCUCUGAGCCGGAGGGAAGCGGCGGCGGCGGCGGGGGCGUCAUGCUAUGGAGGGCCGGGGCUCGGCGGUGCUGGGCUUGGGGCAACUUUUAGCUCCGUUCGGGGAGCGCCGGCUGCAAGAAGAGGCCGCCUCCCUCCCGCGAUGGCAGAGCAGCUCGCCGCCGGAGGAGGCGCCUGUGCAGGCGGAGGACGAGGCGGGCAGCGCCGCGGAGCGGGACGACGACGACGCCACCGACGAAGAGGAGGAGGAGGCGGCGGCGCUCCUGGAGCUGCGCCGCCGUCGCGGGCGCUCCCUCUCGCUGCCCGCCAGCCCGACUUUAGCCGCCGCGCGCCUUUUCCCGGGGAGGCGAGGCCAGGCUGAAGAGGACGACGAGGAGGCGGCGGCGGGCGGCUGCUGCGGCAGCAAGAAGCGGGUGCAGUUCGCCGACUCGCUGGGGCUGUGCCUGGCCAGCGUGAAGCACUUCAGCGCGGCCGAGGAGCCCCAGGUGCCGCCGGCAGUCCUCUCCCGCCUGCAGAGCUUCCCGAUGCGCCACAAGGACCUGGAGGAGUUCAGCGCCGCCCUCGCCGGCCUGGGGGGUUGCGGGCCGCCUCCCUUCGCUCGGGCGCUGCCGCAGCUGCCCGCCGCCCGCCCGCUGGUGGCCUGCUUCGAGGCGGCCGGAAAGGGGCUAGAGGCCGAGCGGCUGCGGCGGGAGCGCGUGUGCUUGGAGGAGGCGGCGGGGACGGCGCUGGCCGGGGCGCCCGCCGACGUGCGCGGCGUGGUGCGGGUGCUGGGCUGCCCGGGCGCCAAGGAGGUGACGGUGCGCUACACUUUCAACGAGUGGCUCUCCUUCCUCGACGCCCCCGCCGCGCCGCUGCUGCCUUCCGACGGGGACCCCGCGGCCCCCGUCGAGCGCUACCAGUUCACCUUGUGCCUCCCGCCGGGCCUGCAAGAGGGCACCGCCGUGCAUUUCGCCAUCUGUUACCGCAGCCAGCAGGGCGAGUACUGGGACAACAACGGAGGCAGCAACUACACCCUGCGCCAGGCCCCGCCGGAGAAGGCCGCUUUGCCCCUCCAGUGAGGCUGGGGUCAACCAACCUCCCCUGGGCCCGGCCUGGAAGAGGGGGGAAGCCUACCCCAUGGCCUCUCGCGGCCCCUACCUACGUGCCUUUCCCGUGCCAGCGUCCCGAGCCUUGGAGAGUAUGGAGUUGCCAUCUGCGCCUUUGCACCUCAUGUAUUAUUGGCCCAGCCCUAACAAGUGGCAUGCUUGUCUGCCCCAGGAGCAGUCGGGGGGGGGGCAGUCGAACUUUGUGCAGGAAUAUGAGAAGAGAAUCAGGGCAGGUGGGAAGAGAAGGGUGCCCCCCCCCCCCCAGCAGCUUUUCUAAACUUUGGCAAUUUGUUGCUUGGAACCACUUUGAUGUGAAUAGAAUGGUGGCUCUGCCAUGCAACUGUUUGGAACUCACAUUUUCUGGAAUGCACUUUAAGUAUGUUCAGAGAGAAGGAAGUGACCGGCAAUUCCAGUGUCCUGUCACCAGUGCAUGGAAGUCUGGUAAAGACUGACCUAGCUUCAGUUUCCUUUCCAUGAAAUGGCCUUUAACAUGUCUAGAAGAAUACAGCACUACAGCGAUUUUUUAAGAACUGGGGAAAUAAGCUGUUCAGGACAUACUUUUUUUUUAAAACCUGCCUCUUUCUUCCUCUGUGCCAACCUGAAUCGUGUGCCUUGAGUGAAAGGUCUCUAUACACUGACAUAAGACAGAACUCAUGUUUUGACUGCUGGGUCUAGGAAUGGAGGUGCAUAUUCUCCCAGCAAAGGCAUAAAGUGCUGUUGGAUUUCUAUUUUUUUGCAAUAAAGAGAGAAGUGCUUACUGGCAAUGGCUGAAUCUCAGCAAAAAUUGGGGCUAGAAGAAACGCUUCUGUCUCUACUUGAGGCUGUGGUGCUCUGAGUAGUUCUCUGUGAUUACACAUGGUGUUUAACUACUACUAACAACAUAAGUGCAUAAAGGGGCUGUGCAAGACGUUAAGAUAAUGCUAGUUGGCAAAACUGGUAGAGAUGUAAAAGCCAUUGAAAAACUGCCCCCCCCCCCAAACAGUGUACUGCAGGUAUAGGGGAAGAUCUCUCCAGUACUUUUAAUAGUUGCAUGGAAUAAGGAAAUUUUAGCGUGAAGUCUUGUACCUGCCGAAACACUGUGUCCUACAUAUCUGUUAACAGUGCAGAAACCCUGCCUUGCAUUUUGAUCUGGCCUUGCACAUGCUGGCUGUCCACUUAUAGCUAGCUGGCUUGUAAGUGCAGCUGAUAACAGAUUUUUCUGACAGAUUUGCAGAACAUGGAGCGUGCAGAAAAUUCCUGUGCGCACCUGGCUAACAGUGAUGAGCAAGCAUGUACAGGAUUUUUGUGAGGGUGACAAAAGCCCCAGGCUGUUCCCAUGGAGUGUGCAGACUGACUAAAAAGAUCACCUCUCAGCUUCCCCUCUUUCUCUUUAUACCAGUGUGCUGUGACAAUUACUACUGGUGGCGAAGUCACUGUUAUCUUACCUAUAAUGGGAGGGCAGUCCUCUUCACGUGAGCGUCUGGAAUCUGUAGCUUAGUGAAGCCCUUUAAGGGCUGUCCUUUUUGUUGGAAACUAAAUGCACUUUCACAAUCCUAAGCUAGUUGUAGUGUUAGUAGCAGUAAUCAGUCUGGGAAACUGGCUGCCCAAACCCCCAGAUUUUUGAAAAGAACGGUUCCGUGACCACUUACGCCUAGAUGUGAUCACCCUAAGUGGUCGUUAAGCUAUUCCCUGAAAAUCCUGUUGGAGCAAAGAUGUAUUACAGAUUCCUUUCCCCUUUGGAAUCUUGUUAAAUGGCCUAAUCAUUUACCAAUUUUAAGUGGCAUAGCUGUUUUUGCUAUUCAGAGGCAAAACUGUAGGUAUUUUAUGCUAUUUAUUCGACUGAAUAAAAAAACUUGGAAUAUUGGAUCUCUUCCCUCUUUGGAAUUGUGAGAAGUUUUACUGUGAUCCUGUGUUGGUUAUUGCCUAGAAGCAUGUUGAAAGAUUGGCACCCUUGUAAGAGAAGAGUACACACAGCAUGGAAAAUGGUGACAGAUGAGACUAAUAGGUCAGUAUUGUGAUGCCCCUGCUGGUUAUCUUGGGGAGGGGGUUGUAUGCAAAUUCUGUCAAAGGCCUAGCAUUCUAGAAGAUGGAGAUAUAAAUUCUGCAGAACUAUGUUCUGUUAUAUUUGAGCUUCACUUCCUGUGGCUGGCUGUUACGAAUACAUUUCCCUGCAGAAUAAUUUAAAGCAGUGGCCUCCAAUCUUUUUGGCACCAAGGACCGGUUUUGUGGAAAGCAAUUUUCCUAUGGACCGGUGGGUGUGGAGGUGCUGGGGUUUUUGCUGCCCCAGGCUGCCUCCACGCCCACACCCCGUCCCUGCCCCACCAUGCGGGUCUUUAAAUGAGGAGUAGGCGAAGGUCUCUGCCUCACUCUGCAGCCCGGUUGCUAACAGGCUGCGGACCAGUACCGGUCCACGGCCCGGGGGUUGGGGACCCCUGAUUUAAAGUACACCUUUUUAGGAGAUUGUGGGUCACCUGAUAGUAAAGAAAAUGUGUCUCCUCUCUUCCCUCAAGCAUACAUUGCAAACAGUUGAUAACAUAAAAUGUGAAGAUCAGAUCUGAAUCUAGGGACCUUGGCCUGUCACAGCCCCUGAACGUGUGCUGUGCUGUAUGUUUGUAGGCAGCUGUGUCCCUUUCAUUCGUAAUGGCAUUUUUGCAGUGCACACACAAUGAGUAUUUGCUUUUCUGUGUUGUGUGUAAUCUGCUGGGAAUCCUCUAGCCGCUUGGUGGUGUCACAGUGAAGUUUGUGGAAUAAACUAACAAAAUCUGGUAUUCCUUUGGAAACCCCAUAGUAUCUUAAGAGUUAAACUGUGAUUUGUUUGUUUUUGGUGCAGAGAGAGAGAGAGAGAGAGAGGCUGAUAGGCCCCUAGUGAGUCAUAUGGUGUAACCUUGGACUCUGCUUUUGAAAACUAUUUUGGACAAAAGUUGAAAUGUAGAUGAAGCCUUUCCCCUCCUCUGGUUUGGUUUUCUUUUUUUCUCCCAGUGGCCCAGGAGUAUGUCUAUAGCAAGGAAUUGAAUCCUUUCUGUUGCUUCUAAGGUCUUUAAAUCAUUGUCCAGCUAGAGCGGUAAGCAGUCUCAAAAGGGCAGAAGAACUCAUCCUGAGUCACUUUUUUGGAAAAUGCUUUGUUGUAAAUGCCACUCCUCAACCCUAUGAGGUUUUAAUGUAGCACUCGAAUAAGAUAGUGCUAGCACACAAAAUUCUUGACAGUUCAUACUCCUUUUGCUUAAACGAACGUUGAAAUGGUGCCAACAAGCCAGCAGUGAGUCACUGUGUUCAGGAUAAACCAUGCUGCCCCAGCAUUGCCUUAAGUGGUAACAAUCCUGUCAUUUUUGGAGGAGAAGCUGGUUUAUAUAUAUUUUUUCCCAUGGAAUAAUUAUGCGCUGCAAAACCCCCAGUGUGUUAAUACUUGCACACAUAGCAAACUUCAGUUUAAAUACUUAGGGCUUCGGUUGGCACUCUGCAAAAUCUCUGGUUUUAUCAUGUCAUGCUCGCUGUGCGCAAAAAGACUGGGGAGCUCUUUCCUAUUUUAAAAGGAAAAGGUCUGAAAUUGAAUGUGACAGUUUUAGCUCGUGGCUAGAUUUUCCCGAGGGCAGCCUGGUAUGUCUGAGCAAUCAUGUUGUCUGAACAAGAUUAUUCCCAGCAAGCGUGGUGAAAAUCUCUAGCGUGCUAUAUAUUCUGGCAAAACCUGGUCAGGACUGGUUUUGCUCAGGGUAUGCAGAGGUUUCCUUCUGAGCCUCUCUGGUGGAUAAUCUUGCAGAGGCAGCAUUCCGAGGAAAGACUCCUUAGGAUGCUGACUGCUCACCUCCAGCCAUCUCAUGGUGUUCAAAGCAUUCUAAAUGCAUGGGAGGAAGAUCAAAGCUUGUCCUCCUUUUCCAGGAAUGACACAUAGACUUGAAUCUUUCACAAAGGAAAACAGGGUAGCGGGGAGGCAGAUUGGGUAAAGGUUUUUGUUUGGAUGCAUUGUGGGAAUUGCCUCAGUUACUUUGGUAAGCGAGCCUUGUAAACCUUGAUGAAUAAAAAUGCCUUACAUUGAAACUUAA